GAAAUUUAGCCUGAUGGAUAAUUUUCGGUACAAACAAGUUUGAUGAAACAACUUUUUAAUAAGGCAAGUGAUUGAUGAGGUCGAAGAGAAUUAUAAUAUUGAAAAUCAUCAUAAACUCAGUGAAUAAAUAGGCCUAGCUUAACUAAUUAAGACGAAUAAUUUCAGAAAUGAGCUUUAUCAUUUUGCCCAUUUUAAAGGCUUUCUAAUAAGUUAGUCUAAAAUAAAAGUAAAGUCCUUUUAUUUUUAUCAUAACGAAGUGGCUAUUCGGACCUGGGUAUCACUAGUCACUAGUAUCAGAAGUGAGAGGCUGGGAUUUAAACAAAUAUUUAAAAUAUUAUUAUUGGUUUUGUAAGAUAAAUAUUGGUAUCAAAUGAAAGAUAAUUGAAUGGACUAUAUGUUUGUAAACUUACUUCUUCAAUUUAACUAAAAUAAACUACCACAAACGACAUCCGAAUUGAAUAGGGGAUAGCAUUUUCAUUUAGUCUUAGUCUUAGUCUUAACUUAAGACUAAGACACUUAAGUUUAAGUCUAAAGUAAAGGGAUCCAGGUCUGAAUAGCGACUAUGCAUACCUGGGUCUUAAGUUUAAGUCUAAAGUAAAGGGAUCCAGGUCUGAAUAGUGACUAUGCAUACCUGGGUCCCUUUAUUAAUUAAAAAUUAAAAUUACUUUGACAGUUUUGUGUAAAUUUACCAACUGUAUGCAAUAGUCCCACUUAAGCAUCUUAAAUGAUAUUACUUAAGUCAUGUACUUAAGAAAACUUAGACUUAAGUUUGGCACUUACAAUACUUACAUCUUUAGACUUUAGUCAUAAAUCACAUUCUUAAGUGAGACACCUUAAGCCUUAAGUAAUAUUUACUAGGCUUUGGCUAUUGGUAGUAAACUACCAGAAGAGCUUCAAGGGAGCUAUUUGUAGUAAACUGCCAAUAGACACUUUCAUUUACUAAUAUUAGUAUUAGCCUAUAAUUAGGUAGGCCUAAUAAUCGAACACACAGUUAACAAGUAAAGUUGAUUUCUUAGCCUGACAAUAAUUUCAGUAAAGUCACAAACCUUCCUUCUCAAUUUGUAAAACUUAUUUUGUUUAUUUCAGGACUUUUCUGAUCCCUGCUAACCUAGCCACUAAAAAGAUCAAGUAGAGCAAAUGUAUGCAGCUAUUCAGAUGUUUGAACUACUUGCAACUGUAAUUUGUUGAAACAUGAUGUUGAUUUGAGCAACAAGCUUGCAGUUUCAAGCUGCAUACCAAAAAUGUCACAAAGCAAGAAAUCACCUAUUACAUUUGAGCAGGAAGAGCAAUUAUGGGAAAAGAAACAUUUCAAUUUAGACUCUUCAACAGGUCUCAUACAUGCUGUCAUUUUCUACCUAAUCAAGUGUUUUGGUGUGUGGCAGGGCAAGUACCUAAAAAUGUUAACAACAGAACAUGUUAAAUUUGGAGAGGAUGAGCAAGGGAAGUACAUCUCCAUUGACACUAAAUCAAUAUUAGGUGUUGGAAAAGUCAUUAAGCGUUAUGAUGACCCAGGGAACCCACGAAGCGUGUACAAAAUUUUUAAAAUUUAUCAAGGCUACUUAGCAAAUGAAGGGCCCUUCCUUCUUCGUCCUAUUACAUCAAUAAAAGACUAUGUUUGUUACAGCCCCUGGGCACUUGGGGUUGGUAUAAUUAAUCAGACUGUACGCAAUUUGAUGUCGGAAAUUGGAGAUGGGCAGCCUUAUGCAAAUUCUUCAAUAAGUCUCUUUGCUCUCGACAUGCUAAAGGGAACAGGCAUAGGUUAUCACUGCAUCGGUACGUGGACACAGCAUCUGUGCAUUUCUCAUACCAAAUCCUACCUCAGUGAUAUUUUUGACAGCUGUUCUGUUGUGAAUUGUGAAGAUAAAAACAAAGAACUCUGUCUUCUGGUUAGCAGAAUGCUUGAUCCCCCUUACCCGUGUACUUCUUUGGUGGAGGAGAGAAUAAAGGUAGCCAAGGAACUGAAGAAGAGCAAAAUUAAUGCUUAUGACUCUUGGUUAGAAAACAUUAGCACAAAAUUCUCUGGUGAUGAAGAAGCUGUUUUACAAAAUAUGGAAGAGAUGCCAGAGAAGCCACCAUUGAAGAGGAAGUCAAGUGGUUCUUCUAAAGUCCAAUCAAACAGUCAACUCUGCUCACCUUUUAAUAAUAAAAGACAACAUGCAGAUCCAUCAAUAAAAUCAGAAAUAUUAAAUUUGGAGGCGGACAUUUGUAAAAGUGUUAAAGAG